UUGUAGUCGACGAUAAUUUCGAUAUGCAACACAAAUGUUCAAUUUUGCAAAUUAAUACAAGCACACCAAUUCGACAUAAUAAUGUCUAAAUUUUUUUUAGAAAAUUAGCAAAAAUCUUACCGCAGUUUCAAGCCGCUUUAAGUUUGCUGGUUCCCAUUUCAUAUUUUAAAAAGCGUUUUCUCUGCAUACAUGUCUGCAUGACGACUGCCAAUAUUGCGUAUAUUGAACGAUAUUUGGACGUUUUUGUUCAUCUCUAAUGUCAUGGCGGACACAAAGCAAAGCGGUGGGGAAAAAAAAUUAUGUGCAAGCAGAAUGAAAAAUCUAACGUAAAAAAAUUAAAUUUUUCUGCAGCCAGUGAAAUGUAAACUAAUGAUGUGUACGAUAACAAUAACAGUGAGACAAUAAUGUAUAUUUUAGUGUAACGAUUAUAAUGCGUACGGCUGGGCGAAGUAAUUAAAAUAUGACGCGAAAAUAUGAUUUCAACUUUGUGCAGGCACCACCAACAAAAUCAGUGUUUGUAAUGUCAGUGGAAAAUUGGCAAUUGCGUACGUUUAUGUAAAUGCAGAGAACGGGGGAUAAAAACAAAUUGCGAUUGCUACCAAAUAAAGAGUUUAUUAUUAACUGUGUAUUAACGAGCGCAUUCCCACUUCUCAGUGUCAGAGAAAUAUUGGGGAAAAAGAGGCGCGAAAAAUUCGCAACAAAAUGGUUGUCUCAAAAGACAACAAGCGUCGCCGUAAGGAAACGGAGACACCGCCAACGUCAUCGUCGGUGGCGGCGGCGGUGACUGUGGCUGUGGAGUCAUCACCCGAGAUGCCUAAAAGAACGAAGGUGCAGGCACAGCGUAAGUUCGCGCAGGGCCAGAGCGCGCCCAACGCUGCGGGCCCAUUCAGUGCCGCCAGCGUCGCAGCAGCUGCAGCGGCGGCAGCGGCAGCGUCUGGACCAAGCACAUCCACAGAAAGCCAUCAGCCUCCAAUUGAGAUAUUGCCGAACAAGUGUCCCAAGCCGCAGGAUUUUUUAACAUUUCUUUGCUUUCGCGGCACUUCUGCGCUUCCAGCCCACUUGGACUAUUUGAAUCAGGGCAAAUCCAAACCAAACGAGCUCCCGCCGAGCAGCGACGCCAGCAACAACAACAACAAGAAAAAGAACAACAGCAACAGCAGCAGCAAGAAGAAGCGCGGCAGACCUGCCAAAACUGCAACAGCGAAAGCUGCCGUUGAGCAACUGCAGCAGCAGCAGGUGGAGCAGCAGGUGCAGCAGCUGGCGGCCAAUGAUAAAACGGCUAGUGAUAAAAUUGAGGCGGUGACGCCGCUGCCGGCGGCGCCUCUGUUGCUGGCGGGUGCUGUGCGCAAACGCGCCGAGGUGAUAGCUGAGGGAAAUAGACGUGGCGCAAGGCGUCCGGAGACAUUGAAACGUCGUUCGAAUCGCGCCAACAACAGGGAAAAGGAUGAUGAGCCCGAGCAUCAGAAGCGGGAUAAAGCUGAUGCAGCUGAGCACGGCAAAGAAGAUGAGGGGCAGCAGGAGGAGGAAGAAGACGAUGACGAAUUCUUUUCGGCGCACGAUGCCAGCUCACGGAAUGGCGGCGCCGACGACACGCUUUCCAAGUCGGAAACAACGCACUCAAAUGCCAAGCGCGGACGCAGCCAAGCGGCGAGCAGAAAGGCAGCUGCAUCUCAUUCACCAGCUGCCACGGACAACAGCGCCGGCAAGGAUAAGGAAAAGGGGCCAGUGAAGCGUGUGCGGCAACGGGAAUCACCCAUAUUUAUACCAUCACCCGAAUCUUCCGGGCGCAUGACACGACAACGUGCUUUUUUUGAGCCCGUCAAGGUGCCGCCCAAGCAGGAGCCACAGGACAAGGAGCAGCAGGACAAGCAGAAGGAGAAGGAGCUGCAGGAGCAGAAGAAACCAGCCGCAGCGACAGAGUCCAAGAAACAACAGCCCGAGAUCAGCAAGGAGAAAACGAACUCCAGCAUUUAUGCCAAAGACGCGGCCAAGCAGCAGCUCGAAAAUGGAGGCACAGCCACAGCUGCGGCAGCUGCCGAACAGCAGAAGGGUCUCAAUGUGUUCGACUUCAGCUCCGAUGAUGAGCAGCCGCUGGCCAAGGCCAUAAAGCUGAAAAAGGGUGGCAAAAAGGGCGGGGCUGCCGGAGCAGGAGCAGCAGCAGCCGCAGCCACAACUAGCGCACGUGGACGCAAAUCCGCUGGAGGAUCGGCAAAAAAGCAGCAGCGGGAAGAAGAGAAGCCAGCGACGCCCGCCGCAACCAGCAAAGCAGAAGAACUGCCCAAAGCAAGGCGCGGCAAAGCGCUCAAAAAGAAAGCCGAGCAGCCGGACGAUGACGACGAUGCCGACAACGAGCCGGAGCCUGAAACAGAGUCAACACCGCCUUCGCCAAAAAAGCAGGCCAACAACAAUGCGCGUCCAGUGCGUCGCCAGGCGCAGGCCAAGGCCCAAAAAGGCAACGAGCGAUCGGCCAGUCCCAGUCCGCAGCGAAGUCAACGACCGUCGCGCAAAACGAAGGAGGCGGCGGCCAUCUACAUGGGCAUCAUUGGACACAAGCUGCAGCUGGCCGAUGACGAAGAGGAUGAUCUCUCGCUGAGCAGCUUUCCGGACAUACCCAAUGUCAAGCAAAUGGAGAAAAUGGAAAAGGAGAUGAAGAAAAAUGCGACGGGCAAAACGAACGAGGCUUCCGCCUCAAAAAAGUCGAACAAACCAACAGCAGCAGCAGCAGCAGCAACAACUGAAGCAACAGCUGCAGCUGCAUCUGCCGAGCCGCAGUCGCAGUCAGCGCCUGAGCCGGCAGCGCCGCCGGCCAGACGAGGACGACCGCCCAAGCAGGCAAAAGGCGGUGCUGGAGCUGGAGCUGGAGCAACGGCGGCAGCAGCGGGAAACGUCAAGCCGCAGAUUGAGGGCAUGCUAGUAAAAAAGGGUGCGCUGGCUUUGGCCAAAGCCAAGUCCGAACAGCAAAAAAACCAACAACAACAACAACAGCAGCAGCAGCAACAGGAAAAAGACGACUCCGAUGCGGAGGAGGAUUUUUUAAUCAACGAGGAGCUAAACGAAACGAAGCGCAAGCUGGAAAAGAGUUUUAGCGACUCCGACGAUGAGCCGCUGGCCAUAAAAGUGCCAACAGCAGCGGCUACAGCUGCAGCAUCCACAGCAGCAGCAACAACUGCGACGACAACAAUUGUCAAGCCACAGCUGACUGCCACGCCCAGUGCCACGCCUAGUGCCACGCCCAACAACAGCCUGUCGAGCAGCACGCAGCUGACCAUGCUGCCGCUGACCGCCAAGCCCAUGCCGUACUCAAUAUCGCCGCCCAGCUACGCAUCCGCCGCAGCCACAUUAAAGGCCAUGGAAAAGAAGUCGCCGGUGCCCACAUCGAAGAUACUCAAUGUGCCCGCCACGUAUGCGCUGCCAGGCGCCGGAGUUGGAGCUGGCGCUGGCGUUGGCGCAGUGGGCUUUCCCAAGACCUCGUCCUAUUUGCCGCAAGCAUCGCCGCACUAUCACACGCCCUAUGUCCGGCCGCCCACGUUUAGUGCCGUCGCUGCAGCGGCUGCUGCGGCCGCCGUCGGCAACAAGACGCCGCAGCAACCGCAGCAGCAGCAGCAGGUGACCUCAACGCUGGCCUCAGCAGCGGGCACAGGGACAUCUCCGCUGAAAUAUCAAACGCCGCCCACCACCUAUCCGCCGCCCAUCGAAGCCUAUCAAUGUCCCAAAAUAAAUCCCAAUUUCCUAACGCCCAAAUACGAGCGCAGCAGCGUCUUGCCGCGCGCCAACAACAUCAACAUCAACAACAGCAGCAUCAACAACAGCAGCAGCAGCGCCGCGGGCAACAGCAAUGCGCUGGGCAACAACAGCUUUGCGGCACCGACAGCGACGCGUGGCACGCUUAACAGCCUGGCGACGCCCGUGGCAGCUGCUCCAAAAACUGUUGCAGUUAGUCAAAGUCAAAGUCUUAAUCUCAGUCUGACUGCAACGCCGACGGCUGUGGCAUCCACAUCAGCAGCAGCAGCUGCCGCCGCGCAGCAACAACAACACCAACAGCAGCAGCAGCAGCAGGUGUCGCCAACCACGCCCACAGCAAACAACAACAGCAACAACAACAAUAACAACAACAAUGCAGAUCCGCUUAAGGAUGAAAUUGGAAGCAUCUUGGCGCAGGCAACACUCAUGCCCAGCAAGGAGGAGUCGGGCAAGAUCUUUGGCAUAGCCAGCGUUAGUCUGGCGCAGAGUUCCGGCCCGGACAACACCAAGUGCACGCUGGGCAAAUGCGGUUCCAUACACAAACCGGUGCUGGGUCCCGUGGUGCCCACCGAGGGCUACUUUGGCGAUCAGCUGUCCAGCAAGGAGCGACGCAAGGCCAAGGUGAAUAUGACGCACGAGCAGAUACAAAAGUGGCUAAUCGAGUGCAGCUCGAAUCCGGACGAGAUCCAGGAUGAUCUGGACGAUGACUACGAUGACAGUCUGCGACCACAGCAGGCGCAAACGCCGCCAGGUCCCACGCGCGACGACAAGGAGAGCACCAGCUUCAGCAGCUCCUCCAAGAACACGCGCGGCGAGCUCGGCAAAAGCGAGAGCGCCUGGUCAGCCAAGGGUCCAUCGCUGAAGGCCACGCCGGUGCUGGUGAGCACGGCAGCAGCAGCCGCAACAGCUGCCUGCAAUCGCAAGGAGACGGAAACGGAGCCGGAAACGCUGGACUUUGACAAGUGCGUGACGCCCGUGAAUCUGACGCAGAAAACGCAGCUGGAAUCAGCUGCUAGCGAGAAGAAGCCCAGCGAAAGGAAGCCCAAGAAUGCGGGCAGCAAUAGCGUCAAGGCGGCGGCAGCUACAGCUGCUGCGGGCAGCAAACGCAGCUCCGCGGCGGCGACUCCAACGCCCAGCGCAACGCCAACACCGCCUCCGCCGCCGAGCAAACAGAAGGCGGCCAGCAAGAAGCAGGCAAAUGCCGCUGCAGCUGCAUCAAAACUUUCCACGCCGCCGCCCACCAACAGCAGCAGCAGCAACAACACGCCGGCAACAGCGCCGACAACGCCGGCCAAGCGCACGCCCGUCUAUCAGAGCCAGACAAGGGACAAGGGCAAAGCCCAAGCGCAGACGGACAACAAGCAGCAGUCGGGCAAAGCGGCCGAAAAGACUUCCGUUUAUGCCUUUGGCAAGGAUGAGGAGGCAGCUGCAACUGUUGCGGGCAAAGCGACAAAUCGGCGUCGCAACGCGGACAACGAAGCUGCGGCGCCGCCGCCGGCGCUCAGCGAGCGUUCGCCCACAAAGAAACGCGCCGCGGCAGCAGCGGCAGCGACGGCGGUUCAACUGACGCUUAGUCCCACGGACAAGCUGGAGAAGCCCAAGGCAGCAGCCGCAGCAGCGCGCAAAAAGCAGCAACAACAACAACAGCAGCAGCAGCAACAACAGGCAACAGCAGCCGCUGCAGCAGCGGCAGCCACAGCUGCCAGCGCUGGCGGAGAUUCGGACGCAGAGGGCGCCACCUUUUAUAUACCGCUGCUGCAAGGCGCCAGCGGCGGCGGCGAGGGUGGCAUACAGGGCGUGGCCGUGAAGCUGGGACGCGAGGGACCCGAUGGGCCCAACCAGAAGGUGGUCAUGCAGGCAACUCUCGUCACGAAGGCGCAAAUGGACACCAACUCCUCGAAGCCGCUGCCGGACAAUGAGCUGGUCAAAACGCUACUGAAUGCGGCGAAUGAUUCAGCUGCUUCUGCAACCGCCGGCAACAGCCUCAAAGCCAGCACCUCAGCCGCAGCAGCUGCGGCGGCGACGGCGACGACAGCAGCUGGUGGCCUGGUGCGCGUCAAUUCCAACUCUUCGCUCUUCUCGGGCUCAGGGAAGUCGCGCACAGCUGCUGCAGCAGCGGCUGCGAGCAACGCCCUGGCCAAGAAGUACAAAGACGAUACGCCCAUUAAGAUGGCCAAUAAUACGGCAUUCCCGCGACAUGAUGAUCCCACGCAAAUGGUCGAGGCGCCCAUAUUUAAGCCCACCGAAAAGGAGUUUGCCGAUCCCAUCGAGUUCAUCGAACGCAUCACGCCCAUUGCAGCCAGAUUUGGCAUCUGCAAGAUCAUACCGCCGGCCAGCUUCAAGCCCGAGUGCCGCAUCUCGGACGAGAUGCGCUUCACGGCGUACAACCAGUACGUGCACAAGAUGCUGCAUCGCUGGGGACCCAGUGCCAAGGAGCUGAGCGCCAUCAAAAAGUAUUUGGCCACGCAGAGCAUUGUGAUGAAUCAUGCACCAUGGAUUGGCGGCAUGGAGGUGGAUCUGCCGCGUCUAUAUCACACGGUGCAGGAGCUCGGUGGCCUCAAAGAGGUCAUCGAGAAGAAGAAGUGGGCGCGUGUGGCCGAAGAGAUGUGCAUACCGAAGCUGGCACAGGAUCGGGUGACCAAACUGGAUGACAUAUACUGCAAGUAUUUGUUGCCCUACGACACUCUCUCCCCGGCGGAAAGACAGAAGCUCUUUGACGAGGUCGAAGCCGAUUGGGCCAAGCGUGAGGCACGCGCACGGCGCAAUGCAGAUCGUUUUGUGAAUAGCACCGAGAGCGUUUCGAACGAGGAAGAUGAUGUGUCGACGGACGAGGAUGAGGAGUCCGAGGAGGAGAUCGACGGCGUUUCCAUGGAGUGCAUUGUCAAGGGUCGCAGCAUGGCGCUCAGCCAAUUCUAUCGCAUAGCGCGCAAUACAAUGGCCCUCUGGUUCAAGAGCACCGAUCCCACGGUCAACGAGGUGGAGGCGGAAUUCUGGCGUCAUGUUGCCGUGCGCGACAGUCAUGUGUGUGUGCAUUCCGGGUCCAUUGAUAGCUCCGGCUGGGGCUACGGCUUUCCCAGUCCGGGGCCGAAGGGCAAGGGCUCGAACUAUGCGCGACAUCCCUGGAACCUCAAAGUACUGACCAACAAUGCGGGUUCUGUGUUGCGCUCUCUGGGACCUGUAAUGGGCGUUACGGUGCCCACGCUCCAUGUGGGCAUGCUCUUCUCCGCCUGCUGUUGGUAUCGUGAUCCGCACGGCCUGUCCUGGAUCGAGUAUCUGCAUACGGGCGCCUCCAAGCUGUGGUAUGGCAUACCCGACGACCAGAGCGCCAAUUUCCGUUCGGCGUUGACCUCAUUGAUACCGACGCACUGUCAAAACAAGACAAUCUGGUUGCCCUGUGAUACGGUGAUGGUGCCUCCGCACAUGCUGACCGACCGCGGCGUUUCCCUGUGCCGCAUCGAGCAGAAGCCGGGCGAAUUUAUUGUUGUCUUUCCGCGCGCCUAUACCUCCAGCCUGGCCACGGGCUAUGUGGUCUCAGAGAGCGUUUAUUUUGCUACCAUGUCGUGGCUGGACCUGGCCAAGGAUGAUUUUAGGGACAUUCAUGAGAGCUGUGAACCGGCCAUGUUCUCUUUGGAGCAGCUGCUCUUCGCCUUGGGAUAUGAUCAGCGCGUCAAUUCAGACACAUUACAGCAGAUGCUGCCCAUGCUAAACGAGGUCUGCGAGAAGGAAUCGGCGGCACGCGAGCAGCUCAGAGCUGCUGGCGUCACGUCUACCGAAAAGGUGCAGGCGGAGAAGGGCCAAAAGGCAAAAAAGCAGCAGCAGCCGCCACACAAAUCAAUCGAGAGCGAAUGCGAUCUGUGCCGCGCAAAUCUGUAUAUAUCGAUGGUGCGCACCGAGGAGGGCAACGUCUACUGCCUGCAGCAUGCUUUAAAAAAUCUCAACAAUGGCAAUAUUCAGGCCAAGCAAUGCAAGCUGAUCUAUGCGUACAAUGUGGACGACAUACAGCAGCUGAUACGCCAGCUCCAGGAGAAGAUCCAGCACAAGGCGGCUGUCAAGAAAAAGUAGCAGCGUCGGCGUCGCUACUAAACCAGCAGCGCAAUAAAGAUUAAGGAGGAGAUAAACGAUCCAAAACAAUUUAAGCGGCAGCGCUUAAAAAUAUUUGUACAUACAGCUACAUAUGCAUAAAUGUAUUUAUAAAUAUUGUAGUAUAUACAUAUAUAUAUAUAUAUAUAGAUUUGUAGGUUUUUCAGCGUGGCAAUGCUUGCAAUUUGACUAGUUUAU